AUGGUUGGUUAUCCAAAUGUUGGCAAAAGCUCAACUAUCAACAGGAUAUUGAAUCAAAAAAAACUCGUUCUAUGCGAUUGCCCAGGUCUCGUAAUGCCAUCGUUUGUGCUAAGUCGCAGUGAAAUGAUUUUAAAUGGAAUCCUCUCAGUGGACCACAUGCACGACUAUUUCUCACCCGUUGCACUUCUGUUAACGAGAAUCCCACGAGAAUGUUUCGAAAAGACAUAUUCACUUAUGCUGACGGGUAUUGCCGACAGUUGUGACAGAUACAUGUCAUCAUCCGGUGUAGCAGAUUGUUCACGUGCCGCACGUCUCAUUUUGAAAGAUGUAGUAACUGGAAAAUUGAAAUGGGUUGCUGCACCACCAGAUGUGGACCAGAAAGAAUUCGAUAAGCUAACGUACGGUGAAAUCACUGAAACAACUAAAACAAACACUUCCAGCGGCCUUGAAAAGCGCCAUCUACUGGAAGACAUGAAGAUCUCAGAUUCUUCACUGGAUCAGCAGUUCUUUGGUGGCACAAGCAAUCAAGCACACAUUCGUAGUAUUCGCACUGGCGUCAAACUAAAUCCCACGGAAGCACAUCUCUCAAAGAAGCAUUUCAAUAAAGGCAAGAAAGAGAAAUUACGUCGAAUAUAUGACAAUCAAGUGUAA